CACGUAGUGCCUGGUCACGAGCAGAUAAACCGGUGAUGGAAAUUGGCGAUCUCAGUGAAAAGGAAUCAAUAGAUUAUCUUAUUAACAAGCGCAAGAUCGACUCUGUAGAAGCAAAAAAAUUAUAUGAAUUGGUUGGUGGGCGUAUUGUGGAUCUAAAAUCUGUUGCGGACAAGUCUCUAGCUGGACAAAAAUUCGAAGUUAUUAAACAGCAAGUCUUUGGUACAGUCUAUGAUUAUCUUGAGGCGGCAGGAAUGAAUCCAAGUCAACCAAAUUACGAGGCGGCAAAAAUUAUCAUCAGAACUUUGUUAAAUUCUAAUGAUUUGCUUCAUAUUAGCAUGCUUCGAAAAAUGACCAAAGUGGAACCAAGCAAGUUAUUGGAGGGUAAUGUAUUUGCAUAUCACCCUGAAAAUAAGACUGUAACUUUUCAGUCUCGCUCAAUAGAAUGUUACAUCCAAGAAAAUGCUGACGAAUUCAUUAAAUAG